UUAGGCCAAUGCAUCCACACACAGCAGAGCCACAGAGUUCUCUGAAACUAAAUACCUCCAAAGCACAUACGGGACUCACAUGCCUUAUAGAUGAACUUCUUUGAGUCUUCAACCCAAUCAUCAACAACACUUGUGGAGCCUAUUGCCACAACAAAUACAGACAGAUACAAAAAAACAAGUUAAUCAUUCUUUAUACACCCUCAAAACUUAUCAUCAUCUUCAUCUAUAUCAUCAAUCAAACUCUUUCUUCUUUCCCAUACUACGAAGAGCUUCUUUUUCAAAACAUUAAACACCUUCGCAGUUUCCUCAGCAAACAGAAAGCAUGGUGUUGGUUUCUGGCCAUGGAGGGAAGAAAAAUGCAGAGGACAGUGUUGCAGUGGAUUUUCGAGGUCAGCCGGCUGACAAAUCUCGUACCGGCGGCUGGUUGGCUGCCGGACUUAUCUUAGUAACUGAACUGUCAGAGAGAAUAUGUGUGAUGGGAAUAAGUAUGAACUUGGUGACAUACUUAGUGGGAAAUUUGAAUCUGGCAUCAGCAAAAUCUGCAACCAUUGUGACCAAUUUUCUUGGAACUCUGAACCUUCUUGGGCUGCUUGGUGGGUUUCUGGCUGAUGCAAAACUUGGAAGAUAUCUCACUGUUGCUAUUUCAGCCUCCGUAGCUGCUCUGGGAGUAUUUCUCCUCACUUUAGCCACAACCAUCCCGUCGAUGAGGCCGCCGGAAUGCACACAAGUCCGGAGACAGCACCACGAGUGCGUCGCGGCGACCGGAAACCAGCUAGCCUUGCUGUAUGCAGCACUAUACACCAUAGCAGCAGCAGGAGGAGGAAUAAAGUCCAAUGUAUCAGGGUUUGGAUCAGACCAGUUUGACACAUCAGAUCCAAAAGAAGAGAGGAAGAUGAUAUUCUUCUUCAACAGGUUCUACUUCUUCAUAAGCAUAGGGUCAUUGUUUGCAGUGAUAGUGCUUGUUUAUGUGCAAGACAAUGUGGGAAGAGGUUGGGGAUAUGGAAUCUCAGCAGGAACAAUGGUGAUUGCUGUGGCAGUGUUGCUUUGUGGGACCCCUUUUUAUAGGUACAAGAAAGCUCAAGGAAGUCCUUUGACUGUUAUUUGGAGAGUCAUGAUUUUGGCUUGGAAGAAGAGGAAGCUUCCUUUGCCUUCUCAUCCAAGCUUUCUUAAUGGAUUCCAUGAAGCUGAGGUCCCACACACACACAGAUUGAGGUUCCUUGACAAGGCUGCAAUUGUAGAUGAAAAUGAUGAGAAAGAAGGAAACAAGAAUAACUAUUCUUCAUGGCUGGUUUCAUCAGUUACUCAAGUUGAAGAAGUGAAAAUGGUUAUCAAGCUCAUUCCCAUUUGGUCUACAGGCAUUCUCUUUUGGACAGUGUACUCUCAAAUGACCACUUUCACUGUUGAGCAAGCAACAUUCAUGAACAGAAAACUUGGAUCCAUUGAGAUCCCUUCAGGAUCUCUCUCAUCUUUCCUCAUCAUCACCAUCCUCCUCUUCACUUCCAUCAACGAGAAACUCAUCGUCCCGGCAGCCCGGAAACUCACCGGGAAUGUCCAAGGACUCACCAGCCUCCAGAGAAUCGGAAUAGGCCUUGUGUUCUCCAUUGUUGCCAUGGUUGCUGCUGCAAUUGUUGAGAAAGAAAGAAGAAACCAUGCCUUGAGGAACCCUAGCUUGAAACUUAGAGCUUUCUGGUUGGUUCCUCAGUUUUUUCUAGUCGGCGCCGGAGAAGCGUUUGCUUACGUGGGACAACUCGAGUUCUUCAUCAGAGAAGCACCAGAGAGGAUGAAAUCAAUGAGCACUGGGCUGUUCUUGAGCACACUUUCAAUGGGAUUCUUUGUGAGUAGUUUUCUGGUUUUGAUUGUGGACAAGGUGACCAAGAAGACAUGGCUGAGAAGCAAUCUUGACAUGGCCAAGUUAGAUUACUUCUAUUGGUUGCUUGCAGUUCUGGGAGUACUAAACUUCACAUUGUUUCUGAUCUUAGCAAGCAGACAUCAGUACAAAGUGCAGCAGAACUUAAACCCUAAUAAUGAAAGUGGAGAGAAAGAGAAAGAACUUGUGAGUGCAAGUGAACUGAUAAUUGGUGUUGAUGGGAAGGAAGAGGCAUAGAUUAUUAUAUUAUUUAUAUUAUAUUUGAUGAUUUGGUGUUUCAGCUUUAUUUAUACAUGUAGUGUAUGAACAGAAUAUUGUUUCAGUUAUUUCUCUGGUGAAAAAAUAAUAGAUGAAUUGCUGUGCAAUAUAAAAGCAUAAAAUAAUGUUAGCAUAGCAAAUGAUCAAA